GCCGUUUAAGAAGGCGAAAGCAGAGUGGCGAGCAAUAUCGUGAUAGAUGUCACUCAGACAUUCAUUUGCGCGCGCAGAAAACAAAAUAUUUUCGCUCCUCGCAUGCUUAUUUUACCGAGAGAUUUUUAGUGCUAGUCCAUAGCUUUACUUAUGCGUCGCUUGUGGCUGUUUGUUGUCGUACGAUUCCUGAUAAUUUGGUCAUGUGUUGUUCCUAAAGGAUCCAUAAGGGCGGAAGAGUUCAGGAUUUAUAGACAGACUUCACCAGUAUUCGAUUCAUUCAAGCUUCCCCCGUCACUCUGUGGAGGCGGAUGUGGUUGGUAUGGAGGAACAUGGCACGAUUCUACUCAGUGCAAAUGCGAUUGCAACACAAACACAGCUUCCUUUGCAGUUUACAACUCCAAAUGGGCAUGUGUGAAGAAUGAAGACUUCAGAACCUUUGCAGGAUGCGGCUAUCGAUUUUACAGCGAGCCAAGAAGCAGUGCUCCCAAGGUGUUAGAACUAAACAGUGAAGAAAAGAUUCCUAUGGUCACUACCGGAUGCACCAUUGACCUGGCCGCCUCGCGGUACCUGCACUGCGACGGGACCUGGGCACCACUUCCGCUACAAUCCAGCGAGAAACCAUUUAAGUUGAAGUUGGACAGCUCAGCUAAUAUAGGCGGAGUUGUUUAUGGCACCUACACGUUUGAGGUAGUAUCUUCACCAGACACGAUCAAAGGACAAAUUAUUAUAUUGUCGGUGACGUGUGCGCCACCAUCAAGGUCACCAUGCCUCUUGUUCAAAAUGGCCGGCGAUACAUCAUGUCCUACUGUACCAGCAACAGUGCGUCCAGCCACCCUACCAACGAACACUUCUAGCCCGCCGGUGACAACAACAACCACUACACCUAGAACGACAUCAUACUCAACAGAAAUGCCAGCAUUCAUUACGUCAGAUACCACGCUGAAUGGCCACGUGACUACCCCACGCGCCGAGAGUGAAAGGAAUGUAAGGACUAUCGCGGGAGGAGCGACUGGAGGCGUGGCGCUUAUCGCCAUGGUUACCAUGAUUGUGUGCCUGGUCUGGCGACGAAGAAGGAAGCCAAAACACGUUCCCAAGCCGGUCAAAUUAAGAGUUAGUACCCUCAACGGUAAUACCAACAACCGUGUCCAGGAACAUGACCAAGUAUCUGAGGAAGGCACUCCAGGCAUAGUGGCCUACUCAACAAGCGCAGAAGAGCAAGAGAUAGAAUUCCAAGACACUGGAGCGAUCGCCAACAAGAGAAAAGACGGCCUAGAGAUGGAUAACUCACAGAUUGGUGCAGAUAAUAAUAAUGAGGAUGGAGAUGGAGAAUACAUGGAAAUGUCAUCAACACAACAGCAUCCCAAAUACUAUAACGCGCCUGUGGAUUUGAACAUUAGCAACGACCCCGGACGUGCCUUAAAGCAGAACACCGGAGAAGAGAAGAAGACCAGCAACGUUCACCACAAACACGUGCAGCCGUCUGCAAAUUACGAGGAGCUCAGGGGAGACAAUUCUGAGUACGCUUCUCUGUAUUCACGGCAAUCUAAGAAAAAAACUCCACCUCAUCCCUCAGAUUCAGUGAACAAAAGCGAGACUCGAGUACUCGCAAGGAUCAGGCCUCAGAUACAUACGAGGAACUGAGGACAGAGGUCAAAGAUUACGCACCACUUGACCGGUCCUUAAAGAAACACAUUCAACACUCAGAAUCAGCUAAUAAUGGUAAACCUAACAGAGAACAGGCCUCGGGGACUUACGAAGAACUAAGUAAAAGCAGCCCUGAUUACGCUUCACUGAAUUCCGUCCAGUCAGAGGACCAGCAUCAGUACUCAAGUUUAUCAACUAAAAACAGAUACCUUCAGAGAGCACAGACAACUGAGGCUUACGAGGAACUGAGGGGAGAAGAGCCAAAUUACGCCCCACUUUAUUCCCGGCCGUCAGAGUAACAAGCUCCGCCUUCAAUACACAGAUUCAACCAAAUAGUGAUCAGGGAACUCGCAUGAAAACGCGCAGGGAACUCACAUGAACACCCUCAAUUUGCUCAGAUGCACUAUAAAAUUCCCCUCAAAGAUAACGGGUGUCGGAGAUCGUGUAACCUAACUAUACUCCAACCUCUCCCAAAAGAUUAGAAUCGGUUUAUGUUCUGUCUAACCCUAUGGAUUACGGGUGCCAUUUUCAUUUUUUAUCCUACAACACAUAUAUACUAAAUAUACUCGAGUUUAAAAAAUCAUAUUUCUUUCACUCUUGUAUUCCUUAUAGCGUAUAUACAACAACACAUAUAUACUAUAUAUACUUUCUGUCAUGAGUUUAUAAACUCAUAUUUUUUUGUACUCUUGUAUUCCUUAUAGAGUAAAAAGGAUAUUAAAAGUAUAGACCUCUCUAAUAGUUUUGCACACAGACAGAUGUAUUUGAUGGAGCAGAUGAAUAUCGAAAACUGACGGUAUGAUUAUUUUCGGAGUCCGUAUGUGGGCAAGUGUCUGUUCCGUUCAUCCCAUACGAUCUUUGAGAGCUAAUAAGGUAAAUGGGUGUUGCAAGUAUUCCGCGUUCUUCUGUAAAUAAUUUACAAACUUCCUUUUUUGUGUACGACGCAACGGAUACUAUUCAGAGAUGGUUACCCACGCAUUUUUGUAGGAACGUGCUCCAAAAUAUAAAAAAAUAUUGUAAUAAAAACAAAGAACCAGUUCCAGUCGUGAAGACUAUUAAGUGAAAACGCAAAUAACAAAUCAGAAUAAGUUUAACGCAUGGCUGGCUGACUUACGCAGUUAAGUUUAAAUGUGACGUAUUUUCCCUCUUAUCAUAUGAUAUUUAUACAGCAUGUUUCAACUGAUAUUUGAAUAAACAACAUCUUAAAUAA